CAACCCUGAGGCCUGCUACAUCCCAGCGUCGUCUAUGCGCCUCACCUUGCUGCCCUCUCUGCAUUCGCAAUGAUCCAAUAGCGGCCCUUCACGCCAAGUCCAGUGUUCCCCCAAUCACGUCCCACAGCACGGCCCUGAACAACUCCAACCUCCAGCUGCCACCGCACCACCCGCCACCAACGACCAGCAACGACCCUUUUUCGACCACUCGCCACAUUGGCCGGCAGUCAACUCGACAGCUCAACAACACACCGAGCGCAGCAAAGCGUAGAGACAUAGACAAGGAAAGAAAGAACGUCAGCUGUAACCCCCCCCUUCCCUUCCCUACUUUUUUUUCUCUCUCUCCAACACAUCGAACAGAAUAAGAGACAAGGAGGGAAAUUCCUUUGGAGAGGCCCGUCGACGAAGAGCCGAAUCUUGCUUCCCUCACCCCGGUCGCAUUUCAUCUCCCAUUUCACCACCUCCACCACUCUCGCCUCUCGCCCUCUCCUCCUACACUGAACUCCUCCCUCACGGCCCUUACCACCUUGUCCGUCUCCGCCCACCACCUACGUAUCACCUACACCUACCUGCCUGAUCCCAGCUACCGAACAACUGACAAUCCCUGGCCACUUGCUGUAUUUUUUCGCUUCGACAGCAGGUCUCCGCCCCCCCUGCCCGUCGUACCCAUCAAGUCGAGCCCAGGCCAGGCUGCCCAGCCAGCGAACUCGUCUCCUAUGUAUUGAUCCCGUCACAACUCUUCCUCUUCAGCAAACGCCAACCGCAUCUGUCGCGGCGCCUGGCAUCGUCGGCAAUAUGGCUGCUCAGAAGCCAGAAGUUGGCGAAAUUCUCUUGGUUGUCCACGACUUUAUCGCUCGCAGCUCGGACGAAUUGAGUUUGACAAAAGGCGACCGAGUUGAGCUGAUCGAGCGAGAUGAUGAAUUUGGCGAUGGCUGGUUUUUGGGCAAACACAUGGUGAAUGGGAAUAGCGGCCUGUUUCCCGAAGUCUACACCAGGCCACCCCCCAAGACCGCUCCGACGAACAACUUCUCGAAGCCACUGGCAACGCUGCCCGAAGUGGCCAAUGAAUCUAAACAAACAAACACAACGGAUACCCCCGGCCCCGGCGACGAGAUUACUACCCCCGCCGCUCCACCAGCUCCUACGCCGCCAGCCGUCUCGCCCGCUCCCGUUACCCUGCCGUUGAACAGCAUCAAGCAGGAGACCGCCCCAGCCGAAAGUGCGCCGCCAGUCACGAACCCGCCGCCUUCGGCCACCCUAGGCCGUCUCAACACGAACCAGGACUAUGUACUGAACGAAACCCUCAACGUAAUCGACGAGCACAUCACCGAUCUGCGCUCUACGCCCAGCAAUGGCGCAAUACGAGCCCCCCCCACCGAUUCCGGCAGCGAGUACAGCGCCCAGCUCGAUCAUCGAAUGUCCUACAUCCAUGGCGAAGAGACGGACGAGGAGGAGGAAGGCAUGCACAGCCGCCCCGAAGUGGAGGCCUGGUCGCCUGAUCAAGUUGCCGAGUACCUCUUCACGGUCGGCGUUGAGAAAUCUCACUGCGAGGUCUUCCGAGACCAGGAGAUCACCGGCGAGGUUCUCCUGGGUAUGGACCAGAGUUCCCUCUUUAUCAAAGCAUUCGAACUAGGGUCUGUCGGCAGACGGCUCAAGACAUGGCAAAAGAUCAAGUCUCUUCAGGAUGAGUGCAAUAACCUGGGUAUGGCGACCAGAAGGACCACCCAGACAUACGGAAGCGACGUUGGAUCAGAAGAUGCGAGGCGAUCUCGUAGCCGGGCCGACACUCUGACCGGCUCCAUGCCCAGAAUGACGCCCGUGGACGACAGGGCCAUGUCAUUUUCCAGCAAGCGCCUAUCCUUCUCUCAAACGCCCAAGUUGGACACUGCCUCCAUCGUCUCGCCAGUCUCCCCGAUUGUGGACAGUCCGACCCGACCAAACCAUAUGAAACGGCCUUCGGCUGCUUCUGUCAGGGAUCUGCACCACUCCCGUAGGCACUCGUCCUCCACCGACUUCCGUUUGACGGGAGCGCCCGCACAUAGCGCAGUGACACCGAAAUUGGCCACGAAUGGAACGUUUCCUCUGACAGAUGGCGCUCAUAAAAAGCAGCCCUCGUUCGACAGGAACUGGACCCUCGGCAGCGCCUCCACCAGGCCCCUUUCUUCCACCGGACUCCAAGACGUCAUGCAGCAGUCGGGCCUACACGCACCGGAGUCCGCCAUUGACACUGACCGAGGCUACUUUAGUGGAACCGAGGUCGACGGUCGACGCCGUAACGUGCUUAGAAAGCGCGACAGCACCGCCAGCCACACUAAGAAGACCAGCUACGCCGACGAGCAGAGAGUGCGCAGUGCGACUGCUAUCUCGAGGCACUCGAGGCUUGGAAGUGUCGAUUCGAACCGCGACAGUGUUGCGUCGCCGGCGGCGCAAAAGUACUAUGGUGUGCAAUCCACCGCCCACAGAAGAACUGCAUCCACAAGCACCACUCAGUCGACACGGCCAGUGCCCCCCGUCAAAGAUGUCGGGGCACCCAGCGUCACGAAGUUGGAGGGCAGGGCCCGGGCCUCACCAGUGCCAGAGUCGCCAGCAUCACGCCAAGGCGUUCAUGCUGAGUGGCUUUCGGCUGUCGUGAAGCCGUCGGUGAAGGUCACCGGAUUGCGAGCCAUUUCCGAUUCGGUAUCGGGAGACCGCAACAAGAUGGCCUCACCAGUCGACCCUUCCCUCAGGGACUCGCCUCUGCCAUCGCCCGCUAGAACCGGGUCGAGUACGCCUUCCGCUGGCCCGAGCUUCGAACUCGACUCGCCCGACACAGCAAAGAGCCCCAGUACCGCGACGACUGUGGCGAGCAAGGGCAGCAGAAAGAAGGGCAAGAAGGAGACGAGUGCUUACCAGCGCGGCCUGCUCAAAAUCAAGCCGGCAGAUGCCGUGAAGGAUGCUGACUACAGCGGAUGGAUGAGAAAGAAGAGCUCCAACCUCAUGACAACGUGGAAACCCCGCCUGUUUGUACUCAAGGGCCGUCGGCUGGCAUACUACUAUUCGGAGAACGAUCAGGAGGAGAAGGGACUCAUCGACAUUUCCUUCCAUCGUGUUCUCCCAGCCGACAACGAACAGCUGACUGGUCUCCAUGCCAAGCUUACUGGCGCCGGGAUGGCUACGGGCCGCGACACGGACUCCUCGGGGGACAAGGGAGACGACACCAUGUUUAUCUUCAAGCUUGUUCCGCCACGCGCAGGCCUGUCCCGUGCCGUCAACUUUACCAAGCCUACCGUUCAUUAUUUUGCAGUUCCCAACCUCAAGUCAGGAAGACUGUGGAUGGCAGCCCUGAUGAAGGCGACCAUUGACCGAGAUGAUACCCAGGCGAUAACAACGACGUAUCAGCAAAAGACCAUUUCCCUUGCCAAGGCCAGACAGAUGCGACACCGUCCUCCUGCGCUGAUGAACCCAGAAGAGGCUCAAGAAGAUCAGAAGCGGAGGGCGGAGGAGGCGAAGAAGAACGCGGACUCCCUUGGCAUUACAUUCGGCGAGACCGACAGUGGGGUUUCCGGCAUGGAGAAGCCAAACUUUCCCAAGGUCGAGAGUGCAAACCCCAGGAAGUUGGCUUUUGAGUCGGAGAACGAUGGCUCAACUGGGGCGCCUCCACAGAGCGCUUAGGGAAGCAGGCCCUGCAAGCGUGCUCACGGAGUCUGAUGCAGUUCCACUUUCCUUCCUUCCUUUCUUGUACCAUGGACCUUUCUAUAUAUACCUUUGUCAUGUAUGAGGGACACGAAAUUCCGCAUGGGGGGCGGCGUAUUUGGGAUUGCUUGAGGAGAGCCAGACGAUCCAGCAAGGAAGGGGCAAUGGACCUGGACACAAGCGAAUAAUUUUCAACCAAAGAGAUUCCCUUUGUUUUUCUUUCGCUUUGGCUUUUUUGUCUUCACUUACAGCUGUGGAGCAGCCUUGAGGAGGCCGUGGGCUCUGUUAGCAGCACGACGACGGUGCUAAAGCAUGGCGUACGGCUGUACACGUGCGGAAGACGGAAGGAGGAAAGAGGUCGAAUACUUUGAAGGAGUCCUUUACUUGCACUAGAGGCUACGUUGAUGAAUGGAGUUGGCACGACGACCUUUAGUACUCCUGCAGGGGCUGGUUUGCCAAGGGUAGGUAGGGGAUGAUACUUAAAGCACUUUUCAUGAGGUCAAAAUGUUCGUCACUUUGGUCUAUUUGGUGAGUGCUGUGUACUAUGACUUGUCAAAGCUGUGUGUAGUUGAUGUUAUGUUUCACGACUUAGGGAUUAUGUAUGUUCAUCUUUUCUUCCUCAAACAAUGUGUCAGGAGCCUAGCUACCUUCAACAGGACAAUUGUUUGGUUUUUUAAUGCCCAUAUACACCAAGAUGGAAGAACGGAGCUUGCAGUUUUCAAGGCCUUUUGAAGCCUGUGGUAACGUUAGGUAUGACAUAAGUCAAC